AUGCCGGCAGAACAGCCAAUAGAUAUGUUAAAUGACACCUUGGCAGAAAUCGUUUACAGAACGAAAAAUAUGCCAAGGUUCAAAAGAUUGGCACGCAGUACGCACUUUGAUGUGAGAGAAGUUGAAGCUUUGUCAAUUAUCCAUCGUAAAUGCGUGCAAAUGCUGGGUCCAAUAAGCAGAUUAAUAUUUCGAAACAUUUUCCACGCUAGUUUGGAUUUUACAAAAAAUAUUCGUCAUUUAUUGAUCGACAGAAUGUUUUCCGUCGUCGACAAACGAAAUGCCUUGCAGAUAUACUCUGAACAAUGGGUCGAAGGUCUGUCGGUGAUUCUUCGCGGAACUUUAGACGAAAAAAUUCAUUUUGCUUAUAGAGUGUACGAUAACAUGAGAACUCACAAAUUAAAAAAGGAGCAUAUAUUUCCUAUGAUGCGCGGAUGUUUAAUUAAAUUGCAGAAUGAUGAAAACCCAGAAGAAGCUGUGAAGGACUUGAUAGAUUUGUUAAUAAAAAAGCUAGACGUGGAUCGCGAUGGCGCGGUAUCAGAAGAGGAUUUCAAAACCGCCGUAAAAGAGAGAAAUCAACUUCUUUUAGAAUGCAUGGGUCCAGUAUUUCCUUCGAGAAACGCACGUCACGUGUUCCUGUCUACUUUUACAGAUCGUGUAGGAAGAUACUGACAAUCUACGGAGCCAUCCAUACCGAAGAAUAAUUUCUUAAGAGGAAAUACAUCGUUUAUGUAUGUAUCUUCCAAUUCGUCGUGAGAUUUUGUGAAGCAUAAUGCUCGUCGAGGAAAGCUAACAGUACAUUCCGAAAGCGGAGAGGAAAAUGUGCCAAAUCAGACAGAAGAUAUCCGUCUAGGGCCUGUAAACGGUUCACUAAGUUUUCUAGACUGUCUGAACUGAAUUUCUCACGAUUCAUCGAACGCGGAAAAUUGACUUGCUGUUUCUUACAAACAAUCGCUAAUGGACCGCGAUAAUACCAUCUCGUAAUCGCAUCAGAUGCAAAGCGUGAUGCAAUCGUCGAUAGGAUGUGAUUAAUUGCUCAAUUGAAUUUCGUGAGUUCAACUUCAGUCCAUCACGCAUUAUCGUUUCAUUCUUAUUCAAGUUGAAAAAUACAUAUGAUAAUACGAACGCCGGCUUUUGCUGUGUAAAUAGUUACUUGAAUAUGCUAACGUCUCUUAAUUAUUACAAUUUAUAUAACAUU